CACCGGUGACCGCGGUUGUAGGGCAUACGUCGACGCUCCAGGACAAUAUCAAGAAUUCAGAGUACAAUAACGGAAUCAUAAUGAAGUCCAUGUUGACCCAUCUGACAAGGGCUGUGGGCAGGGCCUGUCCUGCCCUCAGCUGCACAGUGCAUUCUGGGACACGGGCAGUCUCAUCAGUAGCAUCCCAAGCCAAGCAUGAGGAGCGGCAGCUCACUUCUGAAGAAGUGUACAGUCGCGAGGAGCGUUAUGGAGCACACAAUUACCAUCCUCUCCCUGUCGCCCUGGAGAGAGGAGAGGGAAUUUACGUGUGGGAUGUAGAGGGCCGUCGUUACUAUGACUUCCUGAGUGCUUACAGCGCAGUUAACCAGGGCCACUGCCACCCGAAAAUCAUUGCUGCCUUGAACACCCAGGCCUCUCGGCUCACGCUCACUUCUAGAGCAUUCUACAACGAUGUUCUGGGCACCUACGAGGAGUACAUCACAACCUUGUUUGGAUAUGACAAAGUCCUGCCUAUGAACACAGGUGUGGAGGGUGGAGAGACAGCCUGUAAACUGGCGCGUAAAUGGGCCUACAGUGUGAAGGCUGUUCCUAAAUAUGAGGCAAAGAUCUUGUUUGCAAAGGGUAAUUUCUGGGGCCGCACUAUGGCUGCCAUCUCAAGCUCGACGGACCCCAGCAGUUACGAUGGCUUCGGACCGUUUAUGCCUGGCUUUGAGCUUGUGCCUUAUAACAACAUCCCUGCACUGGAGAAAGCCCUGCAGGAUUCCAGAGUGGCUGGGUUCAUGGUGGAGCCCAUACAGGGUGAGGCUGGAGUAGUAGUCCCAGACCCAGGCUACCUAACCAAAGUGCGUGAGCUCUGCACAAAAUACAAUGUCCUGUUUAUUGCGGAUGAGGUCCAGACGGGUUUGGCACGUACAGGCCGCCGGCUGGCUGUGGACCACGAGGCUGUGCGGCCAGACCUGGUGGUGCUAGGCAAAGCUCUCUCCGGGGGCGUGUAUCCUGUGUCUGCGGUGCUAUGUGAUGAUGAGGUGAUGCUGACUAUCAAACCAGGUGAGCACGGCUCCACCUAUGGAGGAAAUCCACUCGCUUGCAGAGUUGCCAUCGCUGCCCUCCAGGUCUUAGAAGAGGAGAAGCUGGCACAAAAUGCUGAGAGAAUGGGUCGCAUUCUGAGGGCGGAGCUUAGCAAGCUGCCCAAAGAGAUUGUGACAGUGGUGCGGGGGAAGGGCCUCCUCAAUGCCAUAGUCAUCAAAGAGACUGAAGACUACGAUGCCUGGCGAGUGUGCUUGCGUCUCCGUGACAAUGGGCUCCUUGCCAAGCCAACUCAUGGUGACAUCAUUAGACUGGCCCCACCCCUCAUCAUUAAAGAAGACCAGGUCAGAGAAUGUGCUGAUAUCAUCCAGAGAACCAUCCUCUCAUUCUAAAUUGAAGAACCCUAAAAUAAACCUCAAUCUCUCUCCAUCUAUCUAUCCAUCUCAAAAUCUCUGAACUGCAGGUAGAAUGUCAACCCUAUGAGUACAUAUAUUAAAAUAUAAUUUUGAAAUAUAUUUGGGUACUUAUGAAGAUUGGUUUUGGUUUUAAAUGGAAUCACAUACUUUUUAAAAAUAUCCUUGACUUUUAGUGUUUCUCCAUGCAGUUUUUAGUUUUAUGACGGUUUCUGUUACGAUGCAAGGAAUAUGAAGGGUUGUGUAAUUCUGGGUGAAGAGGACCCUGAACAGUACUGGACUGUGAGUCUCAUAGAUGCUGCUAGUUUUCAAGUGUCUCUCAGUCCCAGGCCUGGACACCCUGCAUCACUGUGUGUUCCCAGUUCUAGCACACCUGGUUCAGGUCCUCAGGUGAUUAGCAAGCAUUUUGCAAUUGAAUCCCGGUGUGUUGGGGUCAGAGAGAGCAUCAUUAGCCACAUCUAUGCACCAGUCUGCUGACUGAUGCUGAGUCUAAGCUUAGUUUUGGAUAACAUUCAGUGUAUAUAGGGUGUCCAGGACUUGGACUCAGUGCCUCUUAGCUGUUCCUUUUUAUUUGUUUUGUUUGAUGAAUGCUGUGUAUUUCUGAUAAAAUCAUCAAACUGAAAAUUAUUCGAGGGAAAAAACUUGACUUAGCCAGUCUAAGUAUACAAAUUAAAAAGCUAUAGAUGUAUUUUUUAUCAUACAUCUUAUUGCACACAUUUUUCGUUAAAAAAAAAAAAGUUGGCUAUUUUAAUGCAACAAAAAAUGCUGCAUUGAGAUAUCAAAAAUGGUCAUUGAAAAACAGGAAACAUUUUAACAUGUCAACUGAAAUGUUACAAAAGCUGAUUUUCUACUGAAAGUGACAUUCAUGUAGGACAUAUGUAAAAUUUUCUUGUGCGCUUGCCAGAUGGAACAGCUUCUGUAAGUACGCAUUACAAGUGUUAAAACAUUCUGGUAAGGUCUUAUCUGCUGCAGUGUUGAUUUAACCUCUGCCCUAUUUGAAAUAAUUAUAUUGGUACCAUGAUGCUGUUGGAGGACCAAACCUUUUGACUAGGACUUUUACAGCAAUAAAGAAAACAACAAAACAACCAAAAAAUCCAGAAUGCUUUUGUUCCAAGGUCCCAGUCUGAAUACACUGUAAAGCAAAGCAAGUCAGUCUGGCUAAGCAAAACAUAACCUUUUGGGUCACACAAACCAAUUUCUGUGUAUUUAGAGACUGGACUAAUUUGUUUAUCAAGAAAUGUAUUCUGCUCUCCAGAAGUGUGUGUCUGUGUGUUUGCACUUGCAUAGACUGGGACACUUUCAUCUUGGCUUAAGCCUGUGAGACUAAACUUAUUUAUCUGUACAGAAUGUUGUUAAAAUUUUAAUGAUCGAUUGUUAACUAAACAGCGUGCAUACGGAUUCAAAGAUGAUGUCCUGGUUAAACUUGUUUCAUUAUUCUUAAAAUAAAUGGCUGAUGAAUCAG